AUGUCUGUCUUUCCUUUUGACUCACUAGCCUUUGGAUCACAUUCAGACUUUGUUCCAUUAAAGAAAAGCAAGCAUAAUUCAGCAGAAAACUUUGGAAUUUAUUAUAGUACAGGUAUUAAUACUGUUGGCUCAGGCACGCUGACGGCAGAGACCACGAAGCAAAGCCCAGCUCCCAGCGCGCCCAGACCCCAGCCAUCGGCGCCCACCUACAGCACGUCCCCUGCCUCAGGGAACACCGAGGCCAGCCUUUCGGCCACGCUGGCUGCCAGUGUGGGGACGCAGGCAACGCGACACACCUCCAGACCCCUCAGGCCGGGGCAGGACACGACGGAGACGGGGUACACUUCAUCUUCCACGGGGAGCCCCGUGCCUGCCAUGAACACAGCCUCUGCGGCUACCCACGCCACCAGUGCUCCCAGUGAAAGACAAGGGCCCACCAGGAACCAGCAGGGCGGCACGACGCCUGAGCCCAACGCCAAGACCUCCCACUCUCUCCCUGCCACAUCCUUGCCGACCCCCUCCACCACGAGGAUGGUGGGUGGCAAAGGGAGGACAGAGACUGCACCCACGACACCAACUCGGGAAGAGAGCUCACGCGGGGUGCCUGCCGGCAGCGAGGUCACAAGCCCCACCUUCCCAACCACAAGGCCCGGCGCCACUGCCAUCGGCGUGGGCCCAGCCAGUGGCAGCGCUGCCUCCAUGUCCCUCAGGCCCGGCACAGCAGCAACCAGCCACUCCUCCUCCUCCUCCCCCUCUCCUUCGGGCGCCUCACCUGUAACUCACAGUCAGCACCAAAGCACCACCAGUGGCACCCCCGAAGCGGGCGUGGCCACCACAUCCCACCCACCCACGGCCCUCGCGUCCUCCGCUCCUUCCUCCACGGCUGGCGUUGAGAGCGUUGGCUCAGGCACGCUGACGGCAGAGACCGCGAAGCAAAGCCCAGCUCCCAGCGCGCCCAGACCCCAGCCAUCGGCGCCCACCUACAGCACGUCCCCUGCCUCAGGGAACACCGAGGCCAGCCUUUCGGCCACGCUGGCUGCCAGUGUGGGGACGCAGGCAACGCGACACACCUCCAGACCCCUCAGGCCGGGGCAGGACACGACGGAGACGGGGUACACUUCAUCUUCCAUGGGGAGCCCCGUGCCUGCCACGAACACAGCCUCUGCGGCUACCCACGCCACCAGUGCUCCCAGUGAAAGACAAGGGCCCACCAGGAACCAGCAGGGCGGCACGACGCCUGAGCCCAACGCCAAGACCUCCCACUCUCUCCCUGCCACAUCCUUGCCGACCCCCUCCACCACGAGGAUGGUGGGUGGCAAAGGGAGGACAGAGACUGCACCCACGACACCAACUCGGGAAGAGAGCUCACGCGGGGUGCCUGCCGGCAGCGAGGUCACAAGCCCCACCUUCCCAACCACAAGGCCCGGCGCCACUGCCAUCGGCGUGGGCCCAGCCAGUGGCAGCGCUGCCUCCAUGUCCCUCAGGCCCGGCACAGCAGCAACCAGCCACUCCUCCUCCUCCUCCCCCUCUCCUGCGGGCGCCUCACCUGUAACUCACAGCCCGCACCAAAGCACCACCAGUGGCACCCCCGAAGCGGGCGUGGCCACCACAUCCCACCCACCCACGGCCCUCGCGUCCUCCGCUCCUUCCUCCACGGCUGGCGUUGAGAGCGUUGGCUCAGGCACGCUGACGGCAGAGACCGCGAAGCAAAGCCCAGCUCCCAGCGCGCCCAGACCCCAGCCAUCGGCGCCCACCUACAGCACGUCCCCUGCCUCAGGGAACACCGAGGCCAGCCUUUCGGCCACGCUGGCUGCCAGUGUGGGGACGCAGGCAACGCGACACACCUCCAGACCCCUCAGGCCGGGGCAGGACACGACGGAGACGGGGUACACUUCAUCUUCCACGGGGAGCCCCGUGCCUGCCACGAACACAGCCUCUGCGGCUACCCACGCCACCAGUGCUCCCAGUGAAAGACAAGGGCCCACCAGGAACCAGCAGGGCGACACGACGCCUGAGCCCAACGCCAAGACCUCCCACUCUCUCCCUGCCACAUCCUUGCCGACCCCCUCCACCACGAGGAUGGUGGGUGGCAAAGGGAGGACAGAGACUGCACCCACGACACCAACUCGGGAAGAGAGCUCACGCGGGGUGCCUGCCGGCAGCGAGGUCACAAGCCCCACCUUCCCAACCACAAGGCCCGGCGCCACUGCCAUCGGCGUGGGCCCAGCCAGUGGCAGCGCUGCCUCCAUGUCCCUCAGGCCCGGCACAGCAGCAACCAGCCACUCCUCCUCCUCCUCCCCCUCUCCUGCGGGCGCCUCACCUGUAACUCACAGCCCGCACCAAAGCACCACCAGUGGCACCCCCGAAGCGGGCGUGGCCACCACAUCCCACCCACCCACGGCCCUCGCGUCCUCCGCUCCUUCCUCCACGGCUGGCGUUGAGAGCGUUGGCUCAGGCACGCUGACGGCAGAGACCGCGAAGCAAAGCCCAGCUCCCAGCGCGCCCAGACCCCAGCCAUCGGCGCCCACCUACAGCACGUCCCCUGCCUCAGGGAACACCGAGGCCAGCCUUUCGGCCACGCUGGCUGCCAGUGUGGGGAUGCAGGCAACGCGACACACCUCCAGACCCCUCAGGCCGGGGCAGGACACGACGGAGACGGGGUACACUUCAUCUUCCAUGGGGAGCCCCGUGCCUGCCACGAACACAGCCUCUGCGGCUACCCACGCCACCAGUGCUCCCAGUGAAAGACAAGGGCCCACCAGGAACCAGCAGGGCGGCACGACGCCUGAGCCCAACGCCAAGACCUCCCACUCUCUCCCUGCCACAUCCUUGCCGACCCCCUCCACCACGAGGAUGGUGGGUGGCAAAGGGAGGACAGAGACUGCACCCACGACACCAACUCGGGAAGAGAGCUCACGCGGGGUGCCUGCCGGCAGCGAGGUCACAAGCCCCACCUUCCCAACCACAAGGCCCGGCGCCACUGCCAUCGGCGUGGGCCCAGCCAGUGGCAGCGCUGCCUCCAUGUCCCUCAGGCCCGGCACAGCAGCAACCAGCCACUCCUCCUCCUCCUCCCCCUCUCCUGCGGGCGCCUCACCUGUAACUCACAGCCCGCACCAAAGCACCACCAGUGGCACCCCCGAAGCGGGCGUGGCCACCACAUCCCACCCACCCACGGCCCUCGCGUCCUCCGCUCCUUCCUCCACGGCUGGCGUUGAGAGCGUUGGCUCAGGCACGCUGACGGCAGAGACCGCGAAGCAAAGCCCAGCUCCCAGCGCGCCCAGACCCCAGCCAUCGGCGCCCACCUACAGCACGUCCCCUGCCUCAGGGAACACCGAGGCCAGCCUUUCGGCCACGCUGGCUGCCAGUGUGGGGACGCAGGCAACGCGACACACCUCCAGACCCCUCAGGCCGGGGCAGGACACGACGGAGACGGGGUACACUUCAUCUUCCACGGGGAGCCCCGUGCCUGCCACGAACACAGCCUCUGCGGCUACCCACGCCACCAGUGCUCCCAGUGAAAGACAAGGGCCCACCAGGAACCAGCAGGGCGGCACGACGCCUGAGCCCAACGCCAAGACCUCCCACUCUCUCCCUGCCACAUCCUUGCCGACCCCCUCCACCACGAGGAUGGUGGGUGGCAAAGGGAGGACAGAGACUGCACCCACGACACCAACUCGGGAAGAGAGCUCACGCGGGGUGCCUGCCGGCAGCGAGGUCACAAGCCCCACCUUCCCAACCACAAGGCCCGGCGCCACUGCCAUCGGCGUGGGCCCAGCCAGUGGCAGCGCUGCCUCCAUGUCCCUCAGGCCCGGCACAGCAGCAACCAGCCACUCCUCCUCCUCCUCCCCCUCUCCUGCGGGCGCCUCACCUGUAACUCACAGCCCGCACCAAAGCACCACCAGUGGCACCCCCGAAGCGGGCGUGGCCACCACAUCCCACCCACCCACGGCCCUCGCGUCCUCCGCUCCUUCCUCCACGGCUGGCGUUGAGAGCGUUGGCUCAGGCACGCUGACGGCAGAGACCGCGAAGCAAAGCCCAGCUCCCAGCGCGCCCAGACCCCAGCCAUCGGCGCCCACCUACAGCACGUCCCCUGCCUCAGGGAACACCGAGGCCAGCCUUUCGGCCACGCUGGCUGCCAGUGUGGGGAUGCAGGCAACGCGACACACCUCCAGACCCCUCAGGCCGGGGCAGGACACGACGGAGACGGGGUACACUUCAUCUUCCAUGGGGAGCCCCGUGCCUGCCACGAACACAGCCUCUGCGGCUACCCACGCCACCAGUGCUCCCAGUGAAAGACAAGGGCCCACCAGGAACCAGCAGGGCGGCACGACGCCUGAGCCCAACGCCAAGACCUCCCACUCUCUCCCUGCCACAUCCUUGCCGACCCCCUCCACCACGAGGAUGGUGGGUGGCAAAGGGAGGACAGAGACUGCACCCACGACACCAACUCGGGAAGAGAGCUCACGCGGGGUGCCUGCCGGCAGCGAGGUCACAAGCCCCACCUUCCCAACCACAAGGCCCGGCGCCACUGCCAUCGGCGUGGGCCCAGCCAGUGGCAGCGCUGCCUCCAUGUCCCUCAGGCCCGGCACAGCAGCAACCAGCCACUCCUCCUCCUCCUCCCCCUCUCCUGUGGGCGCCUCACCUGUAACUCACAGCCCGCACCAAAGCACCACCAGUGGCACCCCCGAAGCGGGCGUGGCCACCACAUCCCACCCACCCACGGCCCUCGCGUCCUCCGCUCCUUCCUCCACGGCUGGCGUUGAGAGCGUUGGCUCAGGCACGCUGACGGCAGAGACCGCGAAGCAAAGCCCAGCUCCCAGCGCGCCCAGACCCCAGCCAUCGGCGCCCACCUACAGCACGUCCCCUGCCUCAGGGAACACCGAGGCCAGCCUUUCGGCCACGCUGGCUGCCAGUGUGGGGACGCAGGCAACGCGACACACCUCCAGACCCCUCAGGCCGGGGCAGGACACGACGGAGACGGGGUACACUUCAUCUUCCAUGGGGAGCCCCGUGCCUGCCACGAACACAGCCUCUGCGGCUACCCACGCCACCAGUGCUCCCAGUGAAAGACAAGGGCCCACCAGGAACCAGCAGGGCGGCACGACGCCUGAGCCCAACGCCAAGACCUCCCACUCUCUCCCUGCCACAUCCUUGCCGACCCCCUCCACCACGAGGAUGGUGGGUGGCAAAGGGAGGGCAGAGACUGCACCCACGACACCAACUCGGGAAGAGAGCUCACGCGGGGUGCCUGCCGGCAGCGAGGUCACAAGCCCCACCUUCCCAACCACAAGGCCCGGCGCCACUGCCAUCGGCGUGGGCCCAGCCAGUGGCAGCGCUGCCUCCAUGUCCCUCAGGCCCGGCACAGCAGCAACCAGCCACUCCUCCUCCUCCUCCCCCUCUCCUGCGGGCGCCUCACCUGUAACUCACAGCCCGCACCAAAGCACCACCAGUGGCACCCCCGAAGCGGGCGUGGCCACCACAUCCCACCCACCCACGGCCCUCGCGUCCUCCGCUCCUUCCUCCACGGCUGGCGUUGAGAGCGUUGGCUCAGGCACGCUGACGGCAGAGACCGCGAAGCAAAGCCCAGCUCCCAGCGCGCCCAGACCCCAGCCAUCGGCGCCCACCUACAGCACGUCCCCUGCCUCAGGGAACACCGAGGCCAGCCUUUCGGCCACGCUGGCUGCCAGUGUGGGGACGCAGGCAACGCGACACACCUCCAGACCCCUCAGGCCGGGGCAGGACACGACGGAGACGGGGUACACUUCAUCUUCCACGGGGAGCCCCGUGCCUGCCACGAACACAGCCUCUGCGGCUACCCACGCCACCAGUGCUCCCAGUGAAAGACAAGGGCCCACCAGGAACCAGCAGGGCGGCACGACGCCUGAGCCCAACGCCAAGACCUCCCACUCUCUCCCUGCCACAUCCUUGCCGACCCCCUCCACCACGAGGAUGGUGGGUGGCAAAGGGAGGACAGAGACUGCACCCACGACACCAACUCGGGAAGAGAGCUCACGCGGGGUGCCUGCCGGCAGCGAGGUCACAAGCCCCACCUUCCCAACCACAAGGCCCGGCGCCACUGCCAUCGGCGUGGGCCCAGCCAGUGGCAGCGCUGCCUCCAUGUCCCUCAGGCCCGGCACAGCAGCAACCAGCCACUCCUCCUCCUCCUCCCCCUCUCCUGCGGGCGCCUCACCUGUAACUCACAGCCCGCACCAAAGCACCACCAGUGGCACCCCCGAAGCGGGCGUGGCCACCACAUCCCACCCACCCACGGCCCUCGCGUCCUCCGCUCCUUCCUCCACGGCUGGCGUUGAGAGCGUUGGCUCAGGCACGCUGACGGCAGAGACCGCGAAGCAAAGCCCAGCUCCCAGCGCGCCCAGACCCCAGCCAUCGGCGCCCACCUACAGCACGUCCCCUGCCUCAGGGAACACCGAGGCCAGUCUUUCGGCCACGCUGGCUGCCAGUGUGGGGACGCAGGCAACGCGACACACCUCCAGACCCCUCAGGCCGGGGCAGGACACGACGGAGACGGGGUACACUUCAUCUUCCACGGGGAGCCCCGUGCCUGCCACGAACACAGCCUCUGCGGCUACCCACGCCACCAGUGCUCCCAGUGAAAGACAAGGGCCCACCAGGAACCAGCAGGGCGGCACGACGCCUGAGCCCAACGCCAAGACCUCCCACUCUCUCCCUGCCACAUCCUUGCCGACCCCCUCCACCACGAGGAUGGUGGGUGGCAAAGGGAGGGCAGAGACUGCACCCACGACACCAACUCGGGAAGAGAGCUCACGCGGGGUGCCUGCCGGCAGCGAGGUCACAAGCCCCACCUUCCCAACCACAAGGCCCGGCGCCACUGCCAUCGGCGUGGGCCCAGCCAGUGGCAGCGCUGCCUCCAUGUCCCUCAGGCCCGGCACAGCAGCAACCAGCCACUCCUCCUCCUCCUCCCCCUCUCCUUCGGGCGCCUCACCUGUAACUCACAGUCAGCACCAAAGCACCACCAGUGGCACCCCCGAAGCGGGCGUGGCCACCACAUCCCACCCACCCACGGCCCUCGCGUCCUCCGCUCCUUCCUCCACGGCUGGCGUUGAGAGCGUUGGCUCAGGCACGCUGACGGCAGAGACCGCGAAGCAAAGCCCAGCUCCCAGCGCGCCCAGACCCCAGCCAUCGGCGCCCACCUACAGCACGUCCCCUGCCUCAGGGAACACCGAGGCCAGCCUUUCGGCCACGCUGGCUGCCAGUGUGGGGACGCAGGCAACGCGACACACCUCCAGACCCCUCAGGCCGGGGCAGGACACGACGGAGACGGGGUACACUUCAUCUUCCACGGGGAGCCCCGUGCCUGCCACGAACACAGCCUCUGCGGCUACCCACGCCACCAGUGCUCCCAGUGAAAGACAAGGGCCCACCAGGAACCAGCAGGGCGACACGACGCCUGAGCCCAACGCCAAGACCUCCCACUCUCUCCCUGCCACAUCCUUGCCGACCCCCUCCACCACGAGGAUGGUGGGUGGCAAAGGGAGGACAGAGACUGCACCCACGACACCAACUCGGGAAGAGAGCUCACGCGGGGUGCCUGCCGGCAGCGAGGUCACAAGCCCCACCUUCCCAACCACAAGGCCCGGCGCCACUGCCAUCGGCGUGGGCCCAGCCAGUGGCAGCGCUGCCUCCAUGUCCCUCAGGCCCGGCACAGCAGCAACCAGCCACUCCUCCUCCUCCUCCCCCUCUCCUGCGGGCGCCUCACCUGUAACUCACAGCCCGCACCAAAGCACCACCAGUGGCACCCCCGAAGCGGGCGUGGCCACCACAUCCCACCCACCCACGGCCCUCGCGUCCUCCGCUCCUUCCUCCACGGCUGGCGUUGAGAGCGUUGGCUCAGGCACGCUGACGGCAGAGACCGCGAAGCAAAGCCCAGCUCCCAGCGCGCCCAGACCCCAGCCAUCGGCGCCCACCUACAGCACGUCCCCUGCCUCAGGGAACACCGAGGCCAGCCUUUCGGCCACGCUGGCUGCCAGUGUGGGGAUGCAGGCAACGCGACACACCUCCAGACCCCUCAGGCCGGGGCAGGACACGACGGAGACGGGGUACACUUCAUCUUCCAUGGGGAGCCCCGUGCCUGCCACGAACACAGCCUCUGCGGCUACCCACGCCACCAGUGCUCCCAGUGAAAGACAAGGGCCCACCAGGAACCAGCAGGGCGGCACGACGCCUGAGCCCAACGCCAAGACCUCCCACUCUCUCCCUGCCACAUCCUUGCCGACCCCCUCCACCACGAGGAUGGUGGGUGGCAAAGGGAGGACAGAGACUGCACCCACGACACCAACUCGGGAAGAGAGCUCACGCGGGGUGCCUGCCGGCAGCGAGGUCACAAGCCCCACCUUCCCAACCACAAGGCCCGGCGCCACUGCCAUCGGCGUGGGCCCAGCCAGUGGCAGCGCUGCCUCCAUGUCCCUCAGGCCCGGCACAGCAGCAACCAGCCACUCCUCCUCCUCCUCCCCCUCUCCUUCGGGCGCCUCACCUGUAACUCACAGUCAGCACCAAAGCACCACCAGUGGCACCCCCGAAGCGGGCGUGGCCACCACAUCCCACCCACCCACGGCCCUCGCGUCCUCCGCUCCUUCCUCCACGGCUGGCGUUGAGAGCGUUGGCUCAGGCACGCUGACGGCAGAGACCGCGAAGCAAAGCCCAGCUCCCAGCGCGCCCAGACCCCAGCCAUCGGCGCCCACCUACAGCACGUCCCCUGCCUCAGGGAACACCGAGGCCAGCCUUUCGGCCACGCUGGCUGCCAGUGUGGGGACGCAGGCAACGCGACACACCUCCAGACCCCUCAGGCCGGGGCAGGACACGACGGAGACGGGGUACACUUCAUCUUCCAUGGGGAGCCCCGUGCCUGCCACGAACACAGCCUCUGCGGCUACCCACGCCACCAGUGCUCCCAGUGAAAGACAAGGGCCCACCAGGAACCAGCAGGGCGGCACGACGCCUGAGCCCAACGCCAAGACCUCCCACUCUCUCCCUGCCACAUCCUUGCCGACCCCCUCCACCACGAGGAUGGUGGGUGGCAAAGGGAGGACAGAGACUGCACCCACGACACCAACUCGGGAAGAGAGCUCACGCGGGGUGCCUGCCGGCAGCGAGGUCACAAGCCCCACCUUCCCAACCACAAGGCCCGGCGCCACUGCCAUCGGCGUGGGCCCAGCCAGUGGCAGCGCUGCCUCCAUGUCCCUCAGGCCCGGCACAGCAGCAACCAGCCACUCCUCCUCCUCCUCCCCCUCUCCUGCGGGCGCCUCACCUGUAACUCACAGCCCGCACCAAAGCACCACCAGUGGCACCCCCGAAGCGGGCGUGGCCACCACAUCCCACCCACCCACGGCCCUCGCGUCCUCCGCUCCUUCCUCCACGGCUGGCGUUGAGAGCGUUGGCUCAGGCACGCUGACGGCAGAGACCGCGAAGCAAAGCCCAGCUCCCAGCGCGCCCAGACCCCAGCCAUCGGCGCCCACCUACAGCACGUCCCCUGCCUCAGGGAACACCGAGGCCAGUCUUUCGGCCACGCUGGCUGCCAGUGUGGGGACGCAGGCAACGCGACACACCUCCAGACCCCUCAGGCCGGGGCAGGACACGACGGAGACGGGGUACACUUCAUCUUCCAUGGGGAGCCCCGUGCCUGCCACGAACACAGCCUCUGCGGCUACCCACGCCACCAGUGCUCCCAGUGAAAGACAAGGGCCCACCAGGAACCAGCAGGGCGGCACGACGCCUGAGCCCAACGCCAAGACCUCCCACUCUCUCCCUGCCACAUCCUUGCCGACCCCCUCCACCACGAGGAUGGUGGGUGGCAAAGGGAGGGCAGAGACUGCACCCACGACACCAACUCGGGAAGAGAGCUCACGCGGGGUGCCUGCCGGCAGCGAGGUCACAAGCCCCACCUUCCCAACCACAAGGCCCGGCGCCACUGCCAUCGGCGUGGGCCCAGCCAGUGGCAGCGCUGCCUCCAUGUCCCUCAGGCCCGGCACAGCAGCAACCAGCCACUCCUCCUCCUCCUCCCCCUCUCCUUCGGGCGCCUCACCUGUAACUCACAGUCAGCACCAAAGCACCACCAGUGGCACCCCCGAAGCGGGCGUGGCCACCACAUCCCACCCACCCACGGCCCUCGCGUCCUCCGCUCCUUCCUCCACGGCUGGCGUUGAGAGCGUUGGCUCAGGCACGCUGACGGCAGAGACCGCGAAGCAAAGCCCAGCUCCCAGCGCGCCCAGACCCCAGCCAUCGGCGCCCACCUACAGCACGUCCCCUGCCUCAGGGAACACCGAGGCCAGCCUUUCGGCCACGCUGGCUGCCAGUGUGGGGACGCAGGCAACGCGACACACCUCCAGACCCCUCAGGCCAGGGCAGGACACGACGGAGACGGGGUACACUUCAUCUUCCAUGGGGAGCCCCGUGCCUGCCACGAACACAGCCUCUGCGGCUACCCACGCCACCAGUGCUCCCAGUGAAAGACAAGGGCCCACCAGGAACCAGCAGGGCGGCACGACGCCUGAGCCCAACGCCAAGACCUCCCACUCUCUCCCUGCCACAUCCUUGCCGACCCCCUCCACCACGAGGAUGGUGGGUGGCAAAGGGAGGACAGAGACUGCACCCACGACACCAACUCGGGAAGAGAGCUCACGCGGGGUGCCUGCCGGCAGCGAGGUCACAAGCCCCACCUUCCCAACCACAAGGCCCGGCGCCACUGCCAUCGGCGUGGGCCCAGCCAGUGGCAGCGCUGCCUCCAUGUCCCUCAGGCCCGGCACAGCAGCAACCAGCCACUCCUCCUCCUCCUCCCCCUCUCCUGCGGGCGCCUCACCUGUAACUCACAGCCCGCACCAAAGCACCACCAGUGGCACCCCCGAAGCGGGCGUGGCCACCACAUCCCACCCACCCACGGCCCUCGCGUCCUCCGCUCCUUCCUCCACGGCUGGCGUUGAGAGCGUUGGCUCAGGCACGCUGACGGCAGAGACCGCGAAGCAAAGCCCAGCUCCCAGCGCGCCCAGACCCCAGCCAUCGGCGCCCACCUACAGCACGUCCCCUGCCUCAGGGAACACCGAGGCCAGCCUUUCGGCCACGCUGGCUGCCAGUGUGGGGACGCAGGCAACGCGACACACCUCCAGACCCCUCAGGCCAGGGCAGGACACGACGGAGACGGGGUACACUUCAUCUUCCAUGGGGAGCCCCGUGCCUGCCACGAACACAGCCUCUGCGGCUACCCACGCCACCAGUGCUCCCAGUGAAAGACAAGGGCCCACCAGGAACCAGCAGGGCGGCACGACGCCUGAGCCCAACGCCAAGACCUCCCACUCUCUCCCUGCCACAUCCUUGCCGACCCCCUCCACCACGAGGAUGGUGGGUGGCAAAGGGAGGACAGAGACUGCACCCACGACACCAACUCGGGAAGAGAGCUCACGCGGGGUGCCUGCCGGCAGCGAGGUCACAAGCCCCACCUUCCCAACCACAAGGCCCGGCGCCACUGCCAUCGGCGUGGGCCCAGCCAGUGGCAGCGCUGCCUCCAUGUCCCUCAGGCCCGGCACAGCAGCAACCAGCCACUCCUCCUCCUCCUCCCCCUCUCCUGCGGGCGCCUCACCUGUAACUCACAGCCCGCACCAAAGCACCACCAGUGGCACCCCCGAAGCGGGCGUGGCCACCACAUCCCACCCACCCACGGCCCUCGCGUCCUCCGCUCCUUCCUCCACGGCUGGCGUUGAGAGCGUUGGCUCAGGCACGCUGACGGCAGAGACCGCGAAGCAAAGCCCAGCUCCCAGCGCGCCCAGACCCCAGCCAUCGGCGCCCACCUACAGCACGUCCCCUGCCUCAGGGAACACCGAGGCCAGCCUUUCGGCCACGCUGGCUGCCAGUGUGGGGACGCAGGCAACGCGACACACCUCCAGACCCCUCAGGCCAGGGCAGGACACGACGGAGACGGGGUACACUUCAUCUUCCAUGGGGAGCCCCGUGCCUGCCACGAACACAGCCUCUGCGGCUACCCACGCCACCAGUGCUCCCAGUGAAAGACAAGGGCCCACCAGGAACCAGCAGGGCGGCACGACGCCUGAGCCCAACGCCAAGACCUCCCACUCUCUCCCUGCCACAUCCUUGCCGACCCCCUCCACCACGAGGAUGGUGGGUGGCAAAGGGAGGACAGAGACUGCACCCACGACACCAACUCGGGAAGAGAGCUCACGCGGGGUGCCUGCCGGCAGCGAGGUCACAAGCCCCACCUUCCCAACCACAAGGCCCGGCGCCACUGCCAUCGGCGUGGGCCCAGCCAGUGGCAGCGCUGCCUCCAUGUCCCUCAGGCCCGGCACAGCAGCAACCAGCCACUCCUCCUCCUCCUCCCCCUCUCCUGCGGGCGCCUCACCUGUAACUCACAGCCCGCACCAAAGCACCACCAGUGGCACCCCCGAAGCGGGCGUGGCCACCACAUCCCACCCACCCACGGCCCUCGCGUCCUCCGCUCCUUCCUCCACGGCUGGCGUUGAGAGCGUUGGCUCAGGCACGCUGACGGCAGAGACCGCGAAGCAAAGCCCAGCUCCCAGCGCGCCCAGACCCCAGCCAUCGGCGCCCACCUACAGCACGUCCCCUGCCUCAGGGAACACCGAGGCCAGCCUUUCGGCCACGCUGGCUGCCAGUGUGGGGACGCAGGCAACGCGACACACCUCCAGACCCCUCAGGCCGGGGCAGGACACGACGGAGACGGGGUACACUUCAUCUUCCAUGGGGAGCCCCGUGCCUGCCACGAACACAGCCUCUGCGGCUACCCAUGCCACCAGUGCUCCCAGUGAAAGACAAGGGCCCACCAGGAACCAGCAGGGCGGCACGACGCCUGAGCCCAACGCCAAGACCUCCCACUCUCUCCCUGCCACAUUAUUGGCGACAGCCCCUUUUACAUAUCUUAGGACAUCAGCACAUCUGAAUUCUUCUUUUACUGUAACUUGCUCUCCUAUCACUUUCUCCAUACAGCUGCAGAACGUCACCAGUACAGUGAUACAGUUCAGUUGGAAACCACAAGGUGGCACAAGAGACAGUCCUUACAGAGUGCAUCUACGGGGAGGCUCUAUUGAGAUGGAGAGAAGCCUAAAUGAAACACGUACUGCAUUUGAAAAUCUGCUUUCUGAUCAUGAAUACCAAGUAUCCGUGGAUGUUUCAACUUGCUCUAAGAACAUCAGUACCUCCUUGACAGUUCGGACAGCUGCUGAAGUCUUCAAUGGAACCACUAGGAUUACCAAUGAAGUUUUCAAAUCUGAAUAUCAGAACAAAUCAAGUAAAGCAUUUAAGGAAUUUGAAACUAAGUUCAUUGCGGAGGAAAGACUGUGA